CCUGCUCUCGGUCCCGCGACGAGGCCGUCGUUUCGCAGGAGCGGACCGCGCCUCCACCUCCUCUCUUGGGCUCGUCCCGUGCCUCGGCUCCCGCGGAAACGCCGUCAUCAGCCCACCGGGAGGGUGUCGUGUAGCGAGAUAUCUUGCGUUCGAAGAGGAUUGAAGCACAGCAUCUCGUCUCCCUUCGAAAUCCGAUCCGGUGAUCUCCGGAACCUUCUUUCGUGGCGUUCUCUUGCUUCUGGGGUUUUGGAUUCCGAGGUGGUUUCUUGUUGUUGUGGUAUUGUGGUGGAUCUCAGCCCGAGCAGAAAAGUUCCCGUUUUGGAGCGUCCCUGGUGUGAUCCGAUGGGUUUUUUUUUCCCUGACCGAUAUCUUUCGACUUUGAAGUGAUGGGUUUCGGUAGCUUCUGUUGCAAAUCUCAUCUCUUUGUCCUCGAUGUGGAAGAUGUGGUUGUCUUUGUCCUUGAAAGCUGAUAUAUUGGAGCAUAUGAAUUCUUUUAGAGAUUCCAUUUCUUCGGUUCUUUUUUCGCUGAAGUCGAUAGCUUUUUCUUGCUUUGGAUUGAAAAAGAAACAAAGAAGGAACAAAAGGUGAUCGACUUUUAGUUUUGGUUUUAGGGGAAGUUCUUGAAUCGAAGUGAAGCUGAUUAGUCCUGGUUGACGAGAAAAAAGAAGCCUUUUUGGUUUGCUAUUUGAUUGUUCAAUGGAGUUGCAAUUUGAUCGGGUGAUUCGUUAACAUUACUUCGUUUACAUUGUAAAUGGCAUCAUUCAGAAGAAAUAUACCUGGGGCGCGGCGAGGUGGAGCUGUGCAUAUUGGCGAAGAAUCAAUAGAUGCCGAUGCCUUCACCAAAUUAUCUCAUUCUGAGACCUAUUUGGCUGCAAGAAGAUUGCUAAAGUCAUUCUUGAAUUCACUGGUGAACAGGAUUUCGGAUGGUGUUGCUGGUCUAUGGCUGCGACCAUCUUCUCGGUUUGUGGACAGGUCCAAGGCAAAGGGGAUACGCUGGAAGAAAGUUCUUUUGCAUAUCUCCAUCUUUUUCAUGAUUGGGAUAUUCAUCGGUUUCACCCCGUUUCAGUCUGUGGAUGUUUCCAAGAAUUUUUCGUCUCGACAUCAAUUGUUCUCCUUUAAAGACGAUCUAGCAGCUUUAGAUACUCAUAGGAAAAUCUAUAUGAUGCAAAAGGAGGUUCAGAAAACUGCUAAGGCAGAAAGAAAAAAGAAUGAGUCGCAUGAUACAAUGGAUGCAUUACCUGCAGCUCUGAGUGUGGAGUUAGAAUCUCACAAGCUUCUAAUUAUUGUUACUCCAACUUAUGUUCGGCCAUUUCAAGCCUAUCAUCUAAACCGCCUGGCGCACACAUUAAGAAAUGUACCACCUCCUCUGCUCUGGUUAGUCGUGGAGACAUUCACAAGGUCUAGUGAAACUGCUAAGAUCUUGAGAGGAUCUGGGGUCAUGUACAGACAUCUUGUGUGCAAACAGAAUGUCACAUAUAUAAAGGAUACUAGUCUGAAUAUAGCUCUUUCUCACAUCGAAGAACACCGUCUUGAUGGUAUUGUACACUUUGCAGAUGAUAAUGGGAUAUAUUCCAUCCAUCUCUUUGAUCAAAUGAGACAAAUCAGGUACUUGCUCUUAAAUUACUUAUAAAUCUGCAUCCUUUAAUGCUAGUAGACAUGAUGAGUUUCUCAAG